UAAAGUUUGUUCGACUCUUGCGCCUAUUUCGUACUCGAGGCAUGUUCUUAAAACGUACUGGUACGAUUUAGGAAAACCAUUUUAGAUGAAUGUCACAAUAAGCUAUUACCGAUUCGUGAACUUAUUUUUUUUCUAAGUUUCUGAUUUGAAAAAAUAAACGCAAAAGUUCAAAACAGAUUAAAACUUAAUCGUCUUUAAUUUUAGAACAACGUGUCAAAAAGAAAAUAUAAUUCUCGGAGUAAAGAAAAUAUGAAAGAAGCGAUUAAAAAAUAUAAUAACGAGACCUUAUAAUUUAACGAAGUUUGUAGUGUAUAUAAUGUACCGUAAUUGACAUUUAGACGAUAGUUACAAGGACUGAAUAUACAUCAAUGAAUAGACUAGAUAGGUCAUUUUUUAAAUCACUAAAACUGAAUUUUAGUGCUGCUUGCGCAUCGUGGAUGCAAACCAUCCUUGUUCCCUAAUAAAGCAUAUCUUCGAGCCGUUUGUAUGGACACAGGCAUGCAUGACUUCGAAUCUUGCGGAUUGUGGCCUCGCAAUCGCUUUAAGAUCGGGGAUGAGGAAUAUGUCGUUCUUGACGAAGAUGCUAAUCUAAGUGAAACGGCGGAAGUCUCCCAGAAUCUGGCAACUGAAAGGCAGCAAGAACAGACUGAAGAAGUUGAGUACCCACAACUUCCUGAGGUACCGACAACUCACCCUUCGGAAAAACAGCAAGAUCAGUGUCUGGAAGAGAAAGCGAAGGAAUGUUCUUUAGGUAUGAAAGUAAACAUUUCUAAUACAGAGACAGUUCGAGCGACAUUUGAAAUAAUAUCUCCACUACGUGGUAUUCUUGGAAUUGCAAGAAGAAAAACGUAUGAAAGAAUCUUGGUGCGAAGAAAAGCAAAACUACUAAAAUAUCACAAAAAGAGAAUUAAAAAAAACAGGAAGAUGAAAAUAACAGUUGGUACUGUAAAUUAUGCCAAGAAGACGUAAAAGAAAGUAUGAUCAAAUGCACACAAUGUGAGAUAUGGGUACAUGAACUUUGCGCAGGAACCAAUAAAAA